UGAGCGUAGUGCGCCUGCGUGCUGGCAUGUAAACAGCAGGCGCAGCAGUACAGCCGCCCAGAGUCAGGCAGUCAGUCAACCAACCCUUAGAGCUGCGGAAUUGUUAGUGUGUACGUGGGGGUGUGCGGAUUGAACAGAAGGAAAACACAGCAGCUAAAUAUCUGACAGUCGUUUUAUUCACUUAGUGGAAACUGCUAGAAGAAUUGGUGGAGGGUAAUAGAAGCGAAAAGAGAGUAGUCUGUUCCUGCCGUUGAAGGAAACCGAAAACAAAACCAAAAAGAGGGGACGACGACGACGAAGAAGAAAAAGAGGAGGAGGAGGAGGCCGUUGGAAUACCCGAAUAGUUUGCGAAUUGGCCGUCCACUCUUGAGGCAGACGCCGUAUUGAAGUUACCAGCAUAAUGUUAAACCGGGGCCCAGCGGCCAGGCAGGCGGGCAACAGCAACGCGAUGACCAAGAUAUGAGUAAUCAUCAGGCUGGACCGGGGCUUCCCUUUAUAUAACUCCGUUUAUGACACACGUACAAAGAAGUGCUUGAGCUGGAAAAGAGACCGUGGCUCCAUGUUAUCCGAAAACAGGAAGCGUCCCCGCAGCUGUGAUCAUGAAGACCACCAGCUCCUCCCGCAGCCAAAGCGAAGCAGCAACAGUAAUCAUUUACUCCCAGAAGUGGGCCGGGAUGCCUGGGACUCUGAGUCUUCAAGCAGCGAGAGCAGCGCCAUCAGCAGCCCCGAGUGUCCUGGCGCCAGCAGUCAGUUUGCAGAAGCGGGAGGAGGUGGAGGGCUCUUAAAUCCAGGGACUUCCAACCCCGCUACCUCUCUUUCUGUGCACUUUACUGAAGAGUCAGUUCUGCAGGAUCAGGACUGCUACCAACGAAUCAACCGCAUUCUGCGGGAGGCGCACUUCCACAGUCUGCAGAGCCGUGCCCACCCUGGCACCACGUGACUCCCCUCAGUGCCACACCUCUGCUGCUCGACUUCCUCUAAGGGAUGAGGGAGGCGGUGUCCCACCCCCAAACCCAUACCCCCCCCCCCCCCAACUGCACGCCUUGAUUGCCAAGACACACGAGGGCCUCUGGUAAUGUGGCUUUUUCCAGAUUGUUUCCCUGAGUACUGCUUUGUUUUGCAAUUUUUUUUUUUCAGUUUUUGUUUUUGAGGGGUCAACUUUCACCCUCCACCCCCCCUUUCACAUUUGCUUUGGGGGGGGGGGGAUGUUUUGUGUAUAGCGAGACUGCGGGUCAAUAAAAUGUUUGCAGUAUGUGUUUUUCCUAAUGUCCAUUAUCCGCAAGUGCAUUUUUGAUAAUGAAAAAUGGAGCACAUGAAUCUUAUUAGUUUACACCACACUUGUUCUCACUGUCCAUCCUGAGAGCAAGCAGCAAAGUGUCAUUAUGGGUGUGUUACAGUCUGUUAACCCCGAAAAAAGGCAAAUAGCACCUCUCCUUUGAUUUUGGUUUAAAGGCCAACUCCAGCGUCCCCCUUGGCAGCUUCUGUAGUCCCCUCUCUCUUGUUAAUCAGAACCGCAGUUCUUGAGCAAAACAAAACAUACUGAACAUGUCGCGUGUGAUUAGCCAGUAGGACUGGGAUGAAGAAAAGCGAGGAGUUUACAAAUCCUUGCCAUAGGUAAGGCUGUGGAGAUUCCCCAUAACCCAUCUGCCCCGCUUCUUAUAUUUUACAGAAAAACAAAUGAAUAAAAACUGCACCAGCCAGAGCACAAAGAACGCAACGAUCAGGACAACCUGCUAGCACUUGAGUCUUUUACUGUCAAAACAGACUGCAACUUGCCAAAGUGUGCGGCGGAGGGGCUGCCCGCAGUCUUAAGAGCCACGUGUCCUCUAGAGCUUUGCAAUAAGCAGACGUGCUAAAGGGCUACACAGUCACUCAGCCGCACUGCAGCCCACCGUGCCCACAGGACACACGUUUUGCACUACCGUUUGUGGAUAUUCCGGCUGCUUUGUGUUUUUUUUGGUGUUGUCAAAUGCCACCAAUUUUUUUUUUCCCUCCAGAAAGAGGGAACCAGUGAUGCAGUUGCUCAUCUUUUUUUUUUUUUUUGCUUCUCUAAAUUUGCUCGUUACCUACAUUUUUAAUCCAGAGCACUGUAAAACGAUUUUUUUUUUUUUUUUUUAAUAAUUUUUGGAGAAACCCACAGGCAGCACUUGAGCGUUUUGGUGAGUGGUAGCCAUUGACAUGGCAGGAGAGGUGGGGGGGGGGAGAGAGAGGGAGACCUUCAGUUGUGAGUCGUCGCCUAUUGUUGAAGUCGGGACGUCCCCAGCCUUUGUUUCACUUGCCUCCCCUCCCCAACAUCCGUCUUUAAGGUUCAUUCCUCCAGCACACAUUUGUGGACGUCGCCUGUACGUUUUUAACAUACAAUUUUAUUUUUCUUCAAGGAGUAAAUUUGCCGUACAUUGGAACUGCAGUAGGUAGUGUAUGACCUAACGGUGAAUGUUUGUCUGUGGUCAGCGGCCAGAAAUGCGGUGCGGUGUUGGCGGACCGACCUGAACGCCUCCAUACCUCGUGUCAAGUGGCCGCGGCUAACUGAGCUCGGGCUCAGAGCGAGCUGCACUGUGGGUGCCAUUGCACUUCUGACUUCCAGUCUUGUAGAGUCGUCGUCAUUCACUUGAAGUCCGCCUUGUUGUCGUUUUCAUGUGUACUUCGACUUGCGUGUGUCGGUGUAACAAAACCGAGGGAAAUGUUUCUUGCAGUUUAGCUGUGCAUCAUUAGCUUUAAGCUUGGAGAG